AUAACAAUUGGGCACAUUGAUGCAUUUAAGUGUAUUAUUGCGCAAACUAUUGAAUCAAUGGAACAGGAGUUAAUUUAUUCUGCAACCAGCCACAGAUGUCAUUGGCGCCUCUUGGGAAGUAUUGUUAGGGGAGUGAUAUUUCUUUAGGUUUGCGAGCCCGCAAUUGUCCACAAUAGGCCUACAGUGCAGUAGGUUCGUCAGAGGAAGUGACGGGAACGGGAUAGUAAACUCAAAUGAGGACUUCUAAUUUUUCAUGAAGGCUGCCACAAUAUAAGUCUGGUUAAAGUCGUCUGAACGAAGAGCGCAAAUGUUACAGUAGCCUAAUGAUUGUGCACAAGAACGUUAUAUUCACAGACGUCAGAAACGCUACAAUGUACCAGAAUAUAGAAUGUACUCGGGCGACACAACGAUCAAUGCGGGAUGGUAGCCACCAACAUUUGCAGAGAUUUCACAAUACUGAAUAAAAUCUGUGGAUCAUAGAUUGAACUUUAUGCAGACUUUUCAGGACUUUUCGUUGAUUUUGGAAAUAUUUGCGACCGAUUUCAAGAUGAUUUGCAACGAGGGUAGUAAGACAGAUUUUUAAUAGUUAAAGUUAUUCCAUGAGUUUCAGAAUGUUUGCAAGGGAGAUAUCGCCACCAGUUCGGAUUUCUCUACUAGUGGUAACUCUUGUAUCGCUUGGGAUUUGUUCAGAACUAAAAGUACGAGUGCGUUUAAGUGAUGGACUAAUUGGGGAGGAGAUUUUGGACGCCAACCGUGAGAAUGAUGACAUUACAGUCGAGUUCAAGCAAGGAGAUGGUACUCAUAUUACUGUGGUAUUUGAUUUCAAACGGGAUGUGAGGAUCGUCCGAGCUCUGAUCCUGGGGGAGCCAGAGCAAGGCCAGAACCAAUACCAGGUGCUGUGCUUUGUCUCGCGCCUCGAUCACCACGAGAUCAUCCCCACUGAGUCCAUGGCUCGCCUCAGACAGCUGUUCUGUGAUGGGAUUCUACAGAAGAACCCCCACUUGGUGCGCACGGCAGAGGAGAAGCGUGGGGUGGAACACCUCCACAUGGACAUGGUGGUGAACGUGAGUCAUGCAGGGCACCUCAACACACUCAUCCACAACGUGUGUAAGGAGGCCCAUGAGGGGUUUUAUACCCGGACAGCUGACACCAAGCAUUGGCUGGAUAAAGGAAUAGAGGCCAUUGAGUUUGAGCCCCUGCCCCAGACAGUGGACGUCUCUGGUCUGCAGCGAUGCCCCUCCACUCUGGACCCGUGGCAGCCAUGCUUCUGCAGCUAUCACCUACGUCUGGAGUGGCUCCCCUGCCUGCUCAAAUACUGCCGCAGCCGCCGGGGCGCGGCUGGAAGGACCAACCCGUACAAGUGUGGCAUCAGGAGCUGCAGCAAGGGCUACCGCUUUGACUACUACGUCCCCCAUAAACAGCUCUGCCCAUGGGAUGAGGAGACCUAAAGCAGCUGGUUUUGCCCUUAGUUCUUUCCUAGAAGGCAUUUAGCCUACCGUGCACAUCUGGACUGAGCAUGGCAGGGGAUUGGCAAGAGGCCUUGAAGUGUAUACAGAGUAUACCAAACAUUAGGAACACCUUCCUAAUAUUGAGUUAUUCCCUCCGAAAAGCCUCAAUUCAUCAGGGCAUAGACUCUGCAAGGGGCCCAAAUGUUGACUCCAAUGCUUCCCACAGUUGUGUCAAGUUGGCUGGAUGUCUUUUCGGUGGUGGAUCAUUCCUGAUACUCACAGGAAGCUGUUGAGCGUGAAAAACCCAGCAGCAUUGCAGUUCUUGACACAAACCGGUGUGCAUGGCACCUACUACCAUACCCUGUUCAAAGGCACUUAAAUAUUGUGUUUUGCCCAUUCACCCUCUGAAUGGCACACACAAUUCAUGUCUCAAUUGUCUCAAGGCUUAAAAAUCCUUCUUUAACCUGUCUCCACCCCUUCAUCUACACUGAUUGAAGUGGAUUUAACAUCAAUAAGGGAUCAUAGCUUUCACCUGGAUUCACCUGGUCAGUCUAUGUCAUGGAAAGAUCAGGUGUUCUUAACAUUUUGUACACUUAGACUUACACUAACUUAUUUUCAGACAGAGUGUCUCUGACUUACCACCAAGGUAUUUGGAUUCAACCAGACAGUAGCAUAUCUAUUGUAACCAUGUGUUUUUGAUGUUGAAUGUUUCCUACAGUGGUGUGUUUAGUGUUGAGUCCAUAUAUAAUAAUUAUUUUCCUAAGCAUGCAAGUGUCUGUAUUAGGGCAGCUAGACAGGAGCCUAAUGGGGGAAAAUCGACAAUGUGAAAAUUGUAAUAUCGCCCAACCUAGAUGGAAUUGCCCAUGCUACUAUGGAUGAAUGUUUUGAUUUGAUGCCAUCAGUCAGUGCUAUUCAGUGCUCCGUUGGGGUAAAAUUGGAUGGUGGAUCUGCUCAAGAGAAAACAUUCAUCCAUGGUAGUGAAUGAAUCACUUAACUGAUGUAGUUUUUAUUUACUUAAUGCAAAAUAAAGCCAAUUAUUUACAUUCUGUUAAAAGAACUAGAGUAUUGAAACAGUACAGUCUGUAACCAAUAUCCACACUCUUACCUUGAACUAUAGGGACCAAUUUUUUGGCUCGCUGGAAGGGUUUUGUCAUUGCUGUCAAAUGCAUCAGCGUGUAGCAUCAUAUGCAGAAACUGACUUAAGUCAUGUUUAUACUAUAGGUAUACAGAAUAAAGUGAUUAACUGUGAAUAUUGUGCUGUCAUAUUCAUGGUGGUAUGAGAUAUUCAUCAGCCAACUUAUAUCUGGGAACUUCUCUGUUCUACUUUUUGUCAAUACUUUUUUUUUACCUCUUUGAUCAACAAUAUAUUUUCAGAUUUACUAUCUUGUUGUGAUAAACCCGAAGACACAAACUAGCGGACUGAAAAGUUUAUGUAGUCUUUCUGUCCCUUAUAUAUUUAUUCAACUUUUCAAACGUAAUGUCCAAAGUGCCAGUGGUGAAGCUUGUACUGAAGAUUGCUGUUCUGCAUGUCAUUGGUACAUUAUGAUAACUGCUCAUGUGUCUCUCUGAGGGAAGAACUGUUACAAACAAAAGGGAUUUUUCAAAAAUGGACCUAAAGCAUACGUCCAGGAACAAAACAUAAACCUUUAUUUUUUUUAAAUCUAUAAAUUAUUGGUUGAUGGUAAGUGCCUUAACUUGUCACUGUGUUGUUUGAUUUGAAAGUAAUUAUAUGGUUUAAAAUGUUUUAUGUCAAAAAUCUGCAGUUGAAGUUCAAAAAUGUUUCCUAAAGAUGUCUAACUUUGACAAAUUAAAAUCCUUAUUAGUCUUUAUACUAGGCCUAAUACUUCUUCUGUUGGGUGUCAAUAUUUGCAAAGCUGGAUUUGUGGGCAUAUUAACAUCAUAAUGCACAAUCUAGACAUCUAAAACCCCAAGAAUACAGUGUCCUCCAUUAUUAAAUGGAAUAAGUUUAGAACCACCAAGACUCUUCCUAGAGCUGGCCAUCCGGGCAAACUGAGCAAUCGGGGGAGAAGGGAGAUGACCAAGAACCCGAUAGUCACUCUGAAAGAGCUCUGGAGG